GAUUGGCUGCUUAAUGUCGGAUUGGUCUUAUCCAAUCAAAACAGCUUUUAUCCUAUAUAGGCUUUUCCGCACAUGAAUGUGACGUAGUGCAUUGAUCUGAAGUGUUGGUAACGUGUGAAUUGCUUUGUCAGCAUGUCUGGAAGAGGGAAAACUGGAGGCAAAGCCAGGGCUAAGGCCAAGUCCCGCUCUUCCCGAGCCGGUCUGCAGUUCCCAGUCGGCCGCGUACACAGGCUGCUGCGGAAGGGUAACUACGCGGAGCGUGUCGGCGCCGGGGCUCCGGUGUACCUGGCGGCUGUGCUGGAGUAUCUGACGGCUGAGAUCCUGGAGCUCGCGGGUAACGCCGCGAGGGACAACAAGAAGACCCGAAUCAUCCCCCGGCACCUGCAGCUGGCCGUCAGGAAUGACGAAGAGCUCAACAAGCUUCUGGGGGGUGUGACCAUUGCGCAAGGGGGGGUCCUGCCCAACAUCCAGUCUGUUCUGCUGCCGAAGAAGACGGAGAAACCAGCCAAGAGCAAGUAAACACCGACCGAUCGGGUCGCUCGCGGGGGGCGGAUUUACAAGAGACAUUUUGUUUGGCGUUUUUUUUACACGAACUGUCCCGCUCCAUCUCAUCGGGAUCACGAGAGGCUGCUGCUGGAAAAUGGAGGAUGAAGGAGACGGGAACGGGAAACAACCCGUGGACUACAUUUUAACAAGCAGACUUUAAUUCCGUGCUGCUGCUGCCCUGUCGUGGUGUCACAUUGUGUUUAUUUUAUUUCGUUUGACAAUAAAUGUGCUGUGAGUG